AGAUGCUGUGACGAUCACGUGACAUGAUCAGAAAGUGCACGUGUGUUUGUUUAUGUUAUCUGGACAUACAUAAUUUACAGUGAGAAUAAUAAGGGAAGAAACAUCAUGGGACGAUUAGCAGAGAUCGCCGGUGACGCUGCAACGGGGGAUAAAUCCCGGACAUUCGUCUUCCAGGAUGAGGGCCACACACUAGGAAACGUCUUGCGAUCUGUCAUCUCCCAGUAUCCCGACGUACAAUUUUGUGGUUAUACUGUGCCCCAUCCCUCAGAGGCGAAAAUGCACUUUAGGAUACAGAUGAAGAGAGGAAGAGCUGUCGAUGCCUUGCGACAGGGCUUGGAAGAUGUUGAAAAAUUAUGCGAUCACACCACCAAAACAUUCACUCGAGCGUGGGAGUCUUAUAAACAAUCUACCUCUGUGGAAUGAAAAACUGCUUCAAUACAAAAAUCAAUCGAUCCGAUCAAUUUAUCACAGAUUAAUUCGUAACUUCUCAAAAAUUUUGUAACAAUUUGAAUUUCUUUUGUAUUUAAUUUUCUAUUAGAGGGAGAAGAGGAAAAUACACUAUUUUUUUUUAUUGUAAAUUUUUGUUUGAAUGUUAUUAUGUUCCUAAAUCGAAGUCAAUUAAACGGAUUUUAUGUUUUAAUAAAUAGAUUAAAAAAUUGUAUUAUAAAUUAU